CUACCAUCGGUAGGGUGCAGAUAUUCUCCCGAGUCUCCUUGUACGUUGUAUGGCACACUGCCUUUAAUUUUUCUCUAAAUUAACUAGCAAGCGAUUACAGGACUUAUAUAUGAUGUCAGAUGUAUGCGGAACCGCAUGAAACCAGUUUAAUCACAUUCUUGCCACCAGCUUUCGAAAAACUUAACGCUAAUGCGAUGUUGCAAAGCGUCUUUUUUUUUUUUUUUUGUCUCUGAAAACGAAACGUCACCACGAAGGGCGAUUCGAAUGUCGCGAGUUGGUAUGAAAAUGCAGGAGGAAGCAUCGACGUGGGGCUACACUGUUAAAGAAAAGCCGUAAAAUUACAGGAAAUCCUACGGGACCGCAGCCGCAGGAACGCUUUACCUGCCGUGCCCUAUAACGGGCUUCGACUCCGAACCCGUUUCACAAGGGAAUCUUAUUACGUGGUAUGAUAAGUAGUUAUGCUUAGUGUGAAGGAUGUGGUGAGUAUUGUUAUUGUUUGCGAUUGCCAGGAAGCCCAUCGCGUAUCCGUUAAGCUAAUGCAGCAUUAGAACUCAAAUGGGACUAACGUUUUGCUCGGAACUUGUUGCGCGACGGCGCCAUCGCGCGGAAGAACACGGCCAUGUGCAAGCAGGCCUGGUUUGUGUAGUGGUUUCGGAUGUGCGAGCAGCGGCGGCUGCGUCCCUGGUGUCAUCAUUUCUCUCUUUUUCCGCUGCUGCAAGGUCCAGCCGUGCAGCGUCAUGAAUUAUCCGGCUCCUGUCAAAGGAUUGCACGGCAUAAUGCAGGACCAAGCAAGGUGGGCAAAAAGAGAAACAAACGAAAAUAUAGGCAAUCUUGCAGCCAUGCUUCACAUUGGGAUAUCAGGGCCCCUGCAAGAACUGCGUCGGAUUGAUAGAUGAGUGCGGCUUGGAACCGGCAGCGCGCUUUGAGAAGAAAGGCACCCUAAUGGAUUGGCGCCACCCUCACCUUGGCAGGUCGCACGUCGGAGAGCGCGGUGACAACUGAAGAAAAAAGAAAGAAAUGAACAGAGAACAAACGACUGGACACCGAUGGAUCGAUGCGCACGGAGCGGUCAGCACGACAUCAGCCCUGAGCGAGCAACAGGUAACGGCCGGAGCGGCGUGUCAACGAUAUGUGGUGUGAUUCCGGUCCGGCGUGGGAUGUGACAAAGAAACGAGAUAGCAGAAGAGGAUAAGAGAAGAGGAAUGCUCGUGAAGUUGCCAAAUGCUAAUGAUUUGGCAUCCGUAACGGAGGAGUUCUACACCAUCGCACGGUUUCCUGGUGUGAGCGGGUGCAUUGACUGCACUCAUGUACCCAUCAGAAGUCCCGGAGGAGAUGAAGCGGAGGUUUUUCGCUGUCGAAAGGGGUACUUCUCCAUCAAUGUCCAGGCAAUCACAGGGCCUCGGCUUCAAUUUUUUGAUGUGGUUGCCAGCUGGCCCGGCUCGGCACAUGACAGCCGAAUUUUCGAUAAUAGUCGAGCCAGAGUGCAGUACGAAGAAGGGAAUGUCCCUGGCAUCCUACUUGGUGACAAGGGGUACCCCUGCAGAUCCUAUCUCAUGACCCCUUUUCGAGAGACACAAAGCAGCCCUCAGCACAGGUACAACAAGUGCCACUCCAGGACUCGCUGCAGUGUUGAGAGGGCGUUUGGAGUAUGGAAACGAAGGUUUCCUUGCCUUGAAAUGACUCUUCAGAUAAAAACAAGAUCAGUUCCCAUCGUCAUCACAGCUUGUGCUGCACUACACAACUACGGCCACCUGCUGAGAGACCCUGUCCCACCUCCUGCGCAAUGCCAGGCAACACACAACGCCGCUUCGCAAGCUCCCACUCCCUCCUUUCAACCAACGCCACCAGGCAUGUCUCCGUUGCCAGACACAGCAAGUGGUUUCAGGAUCAGAGAUCGCAUAGUCGCACAGUAUUUUACGUAAAUGGAAUGAGACAAAAUCACAGCAAUAACAAAGGCGUUUACUUUUUCUUCAAAGCUUCUAGCUGAAGCUUUAGAAUUUCUGCUUUUGUUUUUUGGUUGGCUUCUUUAAGCCGAAGAAGCUGCAUAGUUUGCUCAUGUUCAGCUCGCCUAUGCAAAGAUUUGUAUUUGUGCUCGAGGCGCAUGUAUUUCGUUUUCAAUAAAUGUUCCUUUUUUUUUUC